AUGCUCCCUCUCCUACUCCUGUCCACCUUGUCAGUCGCCCUCGUCGGAGCCUCUCCCAUCUCAACAAGAGCCAACGACACUGUCCCCCGCAUACCGCAGGUCACCAUCAUCCCUUCUACCUCGAACGGAGAAGGUAUCACUCUGACAGGUGUUGCUUACCCUCAAUUCAAACAGGAUGUGUACCUCGGUAUCCCGUUUGCUGAACCUCCGGUUGGAGAUUUGAGAUUUCGUCCUCCUCAAUCAAAAGUCUACAAUAGCUCAUCUUUCAACGCUACCGUCCAAUCACCUGCCUGUCUCCAGAACCCAAACACCUCCCUAUCCGGGGAUAGCGGGAUAAGCGAAGAUUGCUUGUAUCUCAAUGUCUAUACUCCAGAGGGAUGGGGUCCUCAAAGUCCUCCUAUCCCAGUCAUGGUGUGGAUAUACGGAGGGUCGUAUCAAGCUGGAGCGACGAGCAGCUACAACGCCACGGCUCUUAUGGCAAGAGGAAUGGCGACGAACAGGCCUUUCAUUUUUGUCGCUGUGGCCUAUCGGCUGAAUAUCCUUGGAUUUGGCUAUGGCGCCGAAAUUGCUACUAAUAACGCCGCCAAUCUUGGUCUCAGAGACAUCACUCUCGGCCUUCAGUGGGUUCAGGACAAUAUAUGGGCAUUCGGUGGAGAUCCGACACAAGUCACGGCGUUCGGUCAAUCGGCAGGGGCUAUCUCCAUCUCUUUGUUGUAUCUUAACCAAAAUACCACCCUAUUCCGAUCAGCUAUAAUGGAAUCAGGAGCACAAAGCGUAGCUCCAUUGGGUCCCACUGCAACCACGUGGCAAGUAGGCUACGACCUGCUCACCGAGUUUUCCGGAUGUGCUGCUGUUGCCGCGGCAGCCGUGGCAGGCAAUAGUACCUCGAACUCGACGACUGUCGUUGGCUCCGCUGCUUACAAUCAAUCCACCUUUGAAUUAGGCCCAAGCAUCGAUGGAGACCUCAUCCCAGACUCGCCCCAUACAAUGCUGCAGGAAGGCAAAUUCGCUCAAAUCCCUUUCAUCUCCGGUAAUUGUCUGGAUGAGGGAACUUCGUUCGUGCCUACAUCCGUGACGAACGAAACCCAGGUGGGCCUGUACAUUGAAGCGGCCGAACCAGUACAUCCCAACGUGUCAAUCAUUGGAGAUCUGUUUCAGCUAUACCCGAACAAUGCUACGUUGGGAUCACCAUAUGGGACCGGCAAUGAGACGUUCGGCUUCGCUCCUGAAUUCAAACAAAUCGCUGCCAUUGUCGGUGACGCGCAAUUCCAGGCCAAUCGUCGAUGGUUCCUCGAACAAGCUAGGGCGCAUGGACAAUCAGACACUUGGUCAUACCUCUGGACUGAGCCACCGGCGGGACUUGCAGCGUACAGGGGAGUGGCUCAUAGUUCGGAGGUCUACUAUGUGUUUGGGUUUACUACACCGGAAACAGGUUAUAAUGCUUCACAGGUUGCUUUAGCGAGUCGAGUGGAGGAUUACUGGAUCAACUUUGCUUAUUAUACCGAUCCCAACGGUCCUUCUGGUACGACCUCAAACCUGACAUACUGGCCGGCGUAUGGCUCCAAUUCCACCAUGUUGCAAUUUGCCGCGGGUAACGACACGCUCAUCCCUGAUACGUACCGCAAGACUCAGAUGGACUUCUUUAAUGGUAACCCUACCGCUUUCAAUUAUCGACGUUCAUUGUACGGCUGA